AUGGUGACCAGCACUCAACUUGGACUCCUCUCUUUCCUCUUCCUCCUCCUCAUUGCGGCCAGUUCCACGAUCCAUCGACUGCGAACAGUCUUGAGCCCGAAUCGCUUCAGAGCCGUCCGCCGCCGACAUGAUACCUCAGCGCCGACACACUUGAUGAUAGUGCUCGGGAGUGGAGGGCACACUGCUGAAAUGAUCGCCAUGCUCAGCCGAGCUCUGCACGAGAAGGAGUCGGCAAUACGGAUGGACUGGGAGGACUUUUCCCAUCGUACAUGGGUGGUGAGCUCAGGAGAUGGGAUAUCAGCAGAUCGAGCGCGGCAGUUUGAGGACAUGACUGCCAAGGCAGAGACUGCUUCUGCCGGCACAUAUGCCAUAUCCACGGUUCCGCGCGCGCGAGAGAUCCAUCAGAGCGCUAUGACUGCGCCUAUCUCCUGUCUACGCUGUCUUGUCGCAUGUCUGACUGCUCUCAUGCUAUCUUCCGACGCCUCAAGAGACUUCCCGGAUGUCAUCCUUUGCAAUGGUCCUGCUACAGCAACAAUCCUAAUCUUCACCUCGAUCCUGCUCCGGUUCUUCGACAUCAAAGGCUGCAAUUCACGCGGAAAGAUGCGCACGGUUUAUAUUGAAUCAUGGGCUAGGGUGAAGAAGUUGAGUCUGUCCGGCAAACUGCUGUCCAGGAUCGUUGAUCGCUUUCUGGUUCAAUGGCCUCAACUGGAAGCGGCGACUGGUGGGAGAGGACAGUACAUUGGUGUACUGGUUUGA